AUGGAAUGUGGAAAGAGCUUCAGGCUGAGUGGAGAUCUGAGUUCCCAUCGAAGGAUCCACACAGGGGAGAAGCCACAUAAGUGCAUGGAAUGUGGAAAGAGCUUCAGGCUGAGUGGAGAUCUGAGUUCCCAUCGAAGGAUCCACACAGGGGAGAAGCCACAUACAUGCAUGGAAUGUGGAAAGAGCUUCAGGCUGAGUGGAGAUCUGAGUUCCCAUCGAAGGAUCCACACAGGGGAGAAGCCACAUAAGUGCAUGGAAUGUGGAAAGAGCUUCAGGCUGAGUGGAGAUUUGAGUUCCCAUCGAAGGAUCCACACAGGGGAGAAGCCACAUACAUGCAUGGAAUGUGGAAAGAGCUUCAGGCUGAGUGGAGAUUUGAGUUCCCAUCGAAGGAUCCACACAGGGGAGAAGCCACAUACAUGCAUGGAAUGUGGAAAGAGCUUCAGGCUGAGUGGAGAUCUGAGUUCCCAUCGAAGGAUCCACACAGGGGAGAAGCCACAUAAGUGCAUGGAAUGUGGAAAGAGCUUCAGGCUGAGUGGAGAUUUGAGUUCCCAUCGAAGGAUCCACACAGGGGAGAAGCCACAUACAUGCAUGGAAUGUGGAAAGAGCUUCAGGCUGAGUGGAGAUUUGAGUUCCCAUCGAAGGAUCCACACAGGGGAGAAGCCACAUACAUGCAUGGAAUGUGGAAAGAGCUUCAGGCUGAGUGGAGAUCUGAGUUCCCAUCGAAGGAUCCACACAGGGGAGAAGCCACAUAAGUGCCUGGAAUGUGGAAAGAGCUUCAGGCUGAAUCUGAGUUCCCAUCGAAGGAUCCACACAGGGGAGAAGCCACAUACAUGCAUGGAAUGUGGAAAGAGCUUCAGGCUGAGUGGAGAUCUGAGUUCCCAUCGAAGGAUCCACACAGGGGAGAAGCCACAUACAUGCAUGGAAUGUGGAAAGAGCUUCAGGCUGAGUGGAGAUUUGAGUUCCCAUCGAAGGAUCCACACAGGGGAGAAGCCACAUACAUGCAUGGAAUGUGGAAAGAGCUUCAGGCUGAGUGGAGAUUUGAGUUCCCAUCGAAGGAUCCACACAGGGGAGAAGCCACAUAAGUGCAUGGAAUGUGGAAAGAGCUUCAGGCUGAGUGGAGAUUUGAGUUCCCAUCGAAGGAUCCACACAGGGGAGAAGCCACAUACAUGCAUGGAAUGUGGAAAGAGCUUCAGGCUGAGUGGAGAUUUGAGUUCCCAUCGAAGGAUCCACACAGGGGAGAAGCCACAUACAUGCAUGGAAUGUGGAAAGAGCUUCAGGCUGAGUGGAGAUUUGAGUUCCCAUCGAAGGAUCCACACAGGGGAGAAGCCACAUAAGUGCAUGGAAUGUGGAAAGAGCUUCAGGCUGAGUGGAGAUUUGAGUUCCCAUCGAAGGAUCCACACAGGGGAGAAGCCACAUACAUGCAUGGAAUGUGGAAAGAGCUUCAGGCUGAGUGGAGAUUUGAGUUCCCAUCGAAGGAUCCACACAGGGGAGAAGCCACAUACAUGCAUGGAAUGUGGAAAGAGCUUCAGGCUGAGUGGAGAUUUGAGUUCCCAUCGAAGGAUCCACACAGGGGAGAAGCCACAUAAGUGCAUGGAAUGUGGAAAGAGCUUCAGGCUGAGUGGAGAUUUGCGUACCCAUCAAAGGAUCCACACAGGGGAGAAGCCACAUACAUGCAUGGAAUGUGGAAAGAGUUUCAGUCGGAGUUCACAUCUGCGUUUUCAUCAAAGAACCCACACAGGGGACGGAAGUAGGCCCAAACCUUUCCCAACGCUGGAACUCCAUUUCCCAGCUGCCCCGGCGGCACUUCCGGUGAGAGGGUGGGCGUGGCGGAUCCGGCUGGACUCGGCUAUUUCCGGAAGCGGGUCCGGCGCUGAGCUCACUUCGGUGUAUCCCUCCGCCGCCUCGGCCUCAGCUUCGGGUGGUCCCGCCCGGCCUCUCAUUGCUCUCCCUGGCCGGUGGAGAAGGCCUGAGGAGGGCGGGAUGGAGGCCGUGCCGCGGAUGCCGAUGAUCUGGCUGGACCUCAAGGAGGCCGGGGAGUUCGCCUUUCAGCCCGCCGUCAAGAAGGUCAGGCCUGGGAAGGCUCUCGCUGAGGGAAAGGCCCGGCGCGGAGGGAAAAGUAGUCCCUGGAAGGAGGGGGCGGGGAGGCAGGCCUCCUUGAGGGCCUCAUUGCGGGCAACAGGGCUGGGAGGCACCCCCAGAGGGCAUCCAGACUGA